GGUAUUGCAUGCAAUAUUGCAUUGUUCUAUCUCCUUAAUGAGCAAACUUGAAAAUAUUAUCUUGUUCUAUCUCCAAUCAACCAAUCAUAUUACAAUUACAAAGUUGUUCGGAAUAAUUUUAUCAGUUUUGUUGUUUUCAAAAUGGCAACUGCAAAUAUUGACCAAGAAAUGGAACCUGCCCUAAAUCAAAACGAAGAGCUGCUUGGCAUUACACCUUCUCGUCGGUCGCCCCAUGGUGGGGUUUCUAGGAAACGUAAAGCUGAUAGGAGUAGUUGGAAACAAAGUGUAAGAAAAAUCCAACGUCAGUCGGGUAAAGCUUAUAAAAAUACGAAAGGAGAACAAAUGCCAAAAAGAUCUAUUGUUGCACUAAAAAGUUGCAGAAAUUGUAAAUUUAAAUGUUCUACCAAUAUAUCUGAGAUUGAGCGUCAAAUAAUAUUUGAUAACUUUUGGACCUUAGAUGAUGACGGAAAAAAACAUUUCUAUUCUAAAACUACUGAAAAUCUGGAGAAAAAACGCUGUCGGACAGCUGCUGGUGACAAUUCAAGAAGAAAAACAUCUUAUUAUUAUAGCUUUUUUGUUUCUAAUACACAAUAUAGAGUUUGUAAAUCAUAUUAUCUUUCAACAUUGAAUAUUAGCAGCCAUAGAGUGUUUUACUUUCAUAAGUUUAAUAAAUCUUUAACUACUGGAACACCAUUGCAAUCAAAAUCAGGGAAACAUGUUAAAAAAAGGUUACUAGAAGAGUCUAAACAAGUUGUACGAGACCAUAUUAACCUUUUCCCAAGAAUUGAUGCUCAUUAUAGCAGGAAAAAGACACAUAAAAAAUACAUGGAAGGAUCACUAAAUAUAGGUAGAAUGUAUGGUCUUUAUAAAAUAUAUUGUGAUGAAAAUGUCUCUCCUCCAGCAAAAGAACAUAUGUAUCGUUAUAUCUUUAAUCACGAGUUCAAUAUAGAAUUUCAAAAACCGAAGAAAGAUUUAUGUGACACAUGCUAUGAGUAUCGCAACAUUGUUAAUGCAAGCAAUGAACAAAUAGAUAGUUAUAAUAAGCACAUAAAAUCAAGGAAUGAUACCAAAACUGAACGUGAAAAUGAUCGCCAAAAUGUUGAUUCUAAAACUGCAAUUGUUUGUAUUGACCUUGAAAAUGUUUUUAAUUUGCCUAGAGCUAAUGUGGGAAACUUUUAUUACAAACGAAAACUUUCAAAUUAUAACUUAACUGGAGGAAAUGAUCUAGCCAGUGCUGUAAUACCUUGACAUAAAUAAGUUCAUACUUUGGUUCGAUUCAUGUGUACCACAAAACCGCAAUAGCUUCAUGUCAGCAGCUUUGUGUGAAUUUAUAAUACGAUACCCACAAAUAAAAGUAAUUGAACAGAAGUUCUGCGAGCCAGGUCAUUCCAGCAUUCAAGAAUGUGACAACAUUCAUAGUCAGAUUGAAAAAUCCCUCUCUGCUGCAGAAAUAUUUAGUCCACUUGGGCUAGAAAGAGCUAUUAAAAAUGUAAACCGUAAAAAACCUUUCUGUGUUCACCAAAUGCAAUUAGAAGAUGUAAAGAAUUUUUCAGUUGUCGCUGGUUUGUCAAGUUAUAAGUUAGUGCCUUAUUCAAAGGUUAAAAAUCUUGUUUAUCGAAACGGACUGCCAUACCAUGUUUUUUUUAAAACCUCGUUUUCAGAUAAUUAUUCACAAGCUCGUAUAAAUAAGUCUGUCAAGAAAGCAGCAUCAACCAUUGUUGCAAAACCAUUAAAUACCAAUAUACCAAUGGCAGCUUGCUUUCGUGCUUCU